AUGUCGUCUUCAAAUAUCAAUGCAAAUGCUGCUAAUUUAUGGAAUGCAGCAUCAAAUGAUCUCAAUCGUUAUUUACCUAUUUUUAUUUAUACUUUUGGUAUAAUUGGUAAUUUUCUUAAUGUUUUGGUUUUAGCUCAAUCAAAUAUUCGUUCAAAUUCAUCUGCAGUUUUAUUUCUUUUUUCAUCAAUGGCUUCUCUUAUAGCUAUUGUCAGUGGUUUAACAAGUCGAAUGAUGUCUGGCUAUGCAGUUGAUCUAACUCUUACAGUCAAUUGGAUAUGUAUAAUUCGUAAUUAUAUUCUAUAUACAGCAAGAACAAUAACUCUAUGGUUAAUUGCUUUAGCAACGAUCGAACGAUGGUUAGCAUCUAGUAAACAUGUAUAUAGAAGACAAAAAAGUACAUUGAAAAAUGCUCGACGAGGAAUGAUUCUUGUUUUUAUUUAUGCAUGUCUUAUCAAUGCUCCAAUCAUUUAUUGUUAUCGAGCUAAUUUGAGUGGAUCUUUACGAGGAUGUUAUGGAUCAACAUAUGCUUGUAGUGUCGUAACAGAUGGUAUUUAUGUAUUCGGUACGACUCUUUCGCCAUUAUCAGUAAUGAUCAUUUUUGGAUUAAUGACUAUUAACAAUAUACGUCACAGUCAAAAUCGAGUUCAGAAUAUAGCUAUGCUGCCAUUCAGCUUGGAACAGAAGAAUACAAUAUCGACUGUAAAUCGACCACAAAAAAUCAAAAAAAUAGAUCGACAUUUACUUAAAAUGCUUAUUGUACAAGUAACUCUACUAAUAUUAUUUACUUGUCCACAUGCUAUUCAAAAAUUUUAUUCAUCAGCUGCAUCAAUUUCAUUAACUUCAUCAUCUCAAUCAUUGGAUAUUGCCAUUCCAAAUUUUAUCUUUAAUUUAGUUACUCUGCUCAAUUUUACAGCAAGUGGAAUGCCUUUUUAUAUCUAUACAUUAACUGGUGGAAGUGUAUUUCGAAAGGCACUUUUUCAUCUAAUUAAAACAGUUAUUUUAAAGAUUCUUUGUCGAUGA